CUAUGAAAGUCCUGUCAUUUUUCCCCCCAGCGAGAGGGAAAAGGAGGGAGCUGGUCGCUUUUAUUUGGACGCCAUCCCGUCUUGGCGCAAGAAAAAGGCGCACUUCUAUUGAAAGAAAAUCAACUGUAGGGACACGUUUCAAGACUGUUAUGAGCUCUUAAGAGAGGAGGAGACUGUCGCGUGUGGAACUCGGGUCUGUAUUACUGGAACAUGAGGAAGCCAGUGCCACAGAGAGUUGCUAUUGAGUGGAAAGAUGCCAGACGGAUGAAACAAGCCAGAAGUGGCCGUCCCUCCAGAGUCCCCUCGCAGUAUCAAGGAGGGCAUUUCAGUUGGGAUAAGUACCUGAAGGAGACGGGAGCAGCUGCCGCUCCGGACCCGUGCUUCAGACAGAGCCCUACCCCCCCAGUGAACGAGUUCAAGGCAGGCAUGAAGCUGGAGGCCCAGGACCCGAGGAACACCACGUCCACCUGCAUCGCCACCGUGGUGGGUCUGACCGGCUCGCGGCUCCGCCUGCGCCUCGACGGCUCGGACAACAAGAACGACUUCUGGCGCCUGGUGGACUCGUCGGAGAUCCAGCCCAUCGGCAACUGCGAGAAGAACGGCGGCAUGUUGCAGCCACCGCUGGGUUUCCGGCUCAACGCAUCGUCUUGGCCCAUGUUCCUGCUGAAAACACUGAACGGAGCGGAGAUGGCCCCGACGCGCAUCUUUCACAAGCAGGAGCCCCCGGCCCCGGAGAAGAACUCCUUCCAGGUCGGCAUGAAGCUGGAAGCGGUGGAUCGCAAGAACCCUCACUUUAUCUGCCCGGCGACGGUGGGGGCGUUGCGGGGCACGGAGGUGUUGGUCACCUUCGACGGCUGGAGGGGCGCCUUCGACUACUACUGUCGCUAUGACUCCCGCGACAUCUUCCCCGUGGGCUGGUGUUCCACUACCGGGGACAACCUGCAGCCCCCCGGAACCAAAGUAGUGUUACCUAAGACCCUCAGCGCGUCACCAGACGGCACGGUGGAGGGAGCGGCCAUGCCCCCCACAGCGCCAGGGCGGCCCCCGGGCCAGAGGGGACGCAAGCCGGGCCGCAGGAAAACCAAGCUGGCCACGCCCUGGGGCCAGAAAGGACCCACACAACCCACCGCCAAAGGGCUGGAGCCCAUCAAGAUACCCAAGAAGAGAGGCCCCAAGCCAGGGAGUAGGCUGGGCUGGGCUAAGCGUGCAGCCUGGCUAGAGGGGGCCAUGGUGGGCCCGGGGCGGCCGGUGUCACGGCCCAGAGGACGUCUGCCUGCCAACUGGCCCGAGAGGAUGGCCCUGCAGCAGGCCCAAGCAGAACCCAUCAAGAUCCCAAAGAAAAGGGGGCCCAAGCCAGGCAGCAAGAGGAAACCCCGGGUGGUGCCCGACCCUGUGCCCACGUCUCCCACCAGCAGCACCCCAGAGCCAGACACCAGCUCUGUGCCCAUGGACAACGCCUCCAUCCCUAGCUCAGCCCUGCAGGCUCCCACUGUGUGUGUGUACCUGAACAAGUAUGGGAAGGUGGGGCCCCACCUGGACGUCCGGCGGGUGGUGCUGCUCCCGGACCACUUUGGGCCGGGCCGGGCCUCCUCCGUGCUGCAGCAGUGCGUGCAGGCCUGCGUGGACUGCGCCCACAACCAGGGCACCGUGUUUGCCUGCCUCAAGUCGGGGCACGGCGGAGAGGUCAUCUCAGCAUACUUUGACCAGCAGCAGCACACGCUGACCCUGCCCACGGUCAACAGCGUCACCUACGUCCUCCGCUUCCUGGAGAAGCUCUGCCACAACCUCCACUGUGACCCGCUGUACGGAAGCCAGCCUGUCGCUGGAGGAGGAGGGCACCACGACAGCCGAGUCCACUCAGAAAGACGAGGCUUCGCCGAGGGGCUGACGACGGGGCCGGGCCGGGGGGCUAAGAGGUUCCUGCAGGACUCCUACAGCAGCCCCCUCUCCCACAAACUGGCCAAGAGCCACCACCUUUCGUCAGAAGGCGACUCCUUCCUCCUGGAGAACGGCGUGGGGGUGCCAGAGCACUUAAAGAAGAGCCCCCUGUCCCCCGGCUCCACGGGGGCCCUGCCCCUGGGCCUCCGCUCGCCCGGAAAACUGCUGCACCUCAACUCCGCAGGAUCCGGAAGUUUCCGGGAGAGCCCCCGGUCCAGCGGCCAGGACCCCAACCUGUGGACGAUGGAGGAGGUGAUGCAGUACAUCCGAGACGUCGACCCCCUGCUGGCUCCACACGCUGACCUGUUCAGGAAACACGAGAUUGACGGGAAGGCCCUCCUAUUACUGCGCAGCGACAUGAUGAUGAAGUACAUGGGGCUGAAGCUGGGCCCUGCCCUCAAGCUCACUUUCCACAUUGACAAGCUCAAACGCCCCUGAUGACGUCAUCACCCUCCCCCCGCCCCCCAAAUGACUGUCCUCUCCCUGCAACCCUUCACCAGAUAACAGUAUAAUAUUAUGCACUGCAUACAGGAAAAUACUGAACCAUUACAUGUAGCAUUUACUGCUUGGUAGCUCUGCCCGGCUUCAUGUACCCUUCCUGCAUUUGCCUCCUCCCUCCAACUUUUUGAUUCAAGAUUUUCGUUUUUUUUUGUGUGGCACAAUCCAGCCUCAAGGCAGCAUGGGAUAUGCAGUCUCCUCCAGCUCUUCUCAUGCCCCAUCAUCUUUCCCACCCCCCAGUAUCUCUGAACUACAUUUCAAUCAAGCCUCUGGUUGAAGGUGAUGAAGAAAUGUCUGCAAUUUUACUGUAAAGACCAUUUUAGGUCUGUUUUGAAUCUCGUUUGUUGACUUUCGGUCCUGUACAUUUCUUUUUUGUACCCCCUGAAAAUAAGGAAUCGCAUCGGCCGUUUUGAUGGUCAUUUUUUUAACUUAAUAUUUGUUCUGAGCUGACACUACGUUUCUCCUAGCUAUUGGAAAUGCCUCUGGUCGACGUCUCAUUUUGAGGCACAGUUUUUUGAACUGACACUACCACAUUUCAAACCUUGUUAUUCCAAAAUACUGCCAUAAUGAACUGUGUUGCUUUUACCUUGUUCUCGAUGUUGUUUACAAUGACGGUGUCUUGUCUGUUGUUAUUUGUACUUUUUUCAUUUUUAUACUAUAUUAUUAGAGUUCAUACAUUGAGAGCAUUAUCAUACUCAAUAAUGUUCAAUAAAUAUAUAACAAGU